AUGUCGGAAGAAGGUAAACCUAGUUCCAAAGAUAGUGACGGUGGUUCUAGUUGGGGAUAUCAUUUAAACUCGUCCCUCGUUCUUAGCCUCAUGAAAUUGGAUGGGUCGAACUAUCUUGCAUGGUCGCCAGCUUGUUUACUUUCGAUUCAAGCCAAUAGAAAGCAUAAAUUCAUUAAUGGGACGUCUAAGAAACCCAAGGAUGAUGAUCCUAGAUUGGAUGAUUGGGAAUCGGACAAUGCCAGGGUGAAAACGUGGCUCUUUAAUUCAAUGGAACCAAAUAUUAAGAAGAGAGCAGAAUGUACGAAAGAUGCAGAAGCCUAUCAAAGGAUUGUAGAAGAAAAUCGUCCGAUUGACUUCCUAGUUGCGCUAGAUAUCUACUAUGAUCCCAUUAAGGCAGAAUUGAUCGGGAAAGUUCCACUCCCUGAUGUUUCGACUGCCCAUGCUCGUAUUUAG